AUGGAUCGACUAUCGCAGGAAAUCAUUGACCGCAUCGCCGCGCUGCUUCCCGAGGAGAAGCUUGAGAUGACCGGCCUCCCAGCGGCAGGCAAUAGUACAUCGGACACGAAGUCCAGCAUGGCGAAGAAGCUAAUGUGCAAGAUGCGUCGUGGAAAGGACAGUUUCCAAACGCAGCAGCAAAGAAAUGCGCUGUCCAAGCCCUCGACGCAGUGCUGGACUCGCGCGUCCGCCGCCACGAUUUCUCUCCGAUGGCAGCGUGCCAUCGAGCCCAUUGUCUACGCCAACUUGCAUCUCGGCUAUUCCGGCCUUGCAAAUCUCCGAUCCGCGCUGCAGAGCCGUCCCGAGCGCCGCGCCUACCUGCGGUCGCUCACCGUCGUCCUCGCCCUCACACACGAGCAUUGGACUGGUCUCGGCGUCCGCCAGAACGCCCUGCAGCCUCUGUUUGAUGCUCUCGGUGGCGGCGGCGAGGACCGAAAUGCCGCGGUGGUGGAUCUGACGCUGCGAUUUCGAGCCGGGCAUCCGGACCUACGGCACCGCACGUGCCAAGGCAUCGUCUUUGACUGCCACCACCCCGGCAAGCCCCUGCUGGGCGCGAUGCCGUGUGUCGGCACGCUAGAUUUCACGCCGGCGCGGCCGACGACGGAAAAGAAGCGGCGCAACGUGCUGCAACUACAUCUCACCGAGCAGGCGCAGUUGGUGGCGCGCUGCCCCAACCUACAGGCCGUGUUGUGGCACUACGCAGAGGAGCAGAUUGCGUCACAGGCCGUCCGGGACGCAGCGCGCGACGCCUUUGCCGAUUGUUUGGCUGACCAGCUCGCCCCAAGACGGCGCAUCACAAAGGUGAGUCUGACGCUGCGAAUCGGGCGGCUGGGCUUGUGCAUCUGCGCGCCGAGUGGCGUCGGUGCCAACAGCUACGAGGACCUUUACAAGAAGCUGCGCGCGGCGACGACGCAUGCCACAGAAUUUUGCUACGCCGGCGUCGUGGGGCCGUCGCUUCUGCACGAGGAUGGCGAUGCGGGAUGCUGGCUGGCACUGCGGAACCUGACUGUCGGCAUGGCGCUGCUCACGCCCGCUGGGCAGUUUUACUUUGGAGGCGACGCCGCGUUACCCCCCAUCGACCUCGACACGCCGCUGGGAUGGCGCGUGGCGCGACACGACGGCGAGCGCUCCCCGGGCCGGCCGUUGUUGUUUCGCGAGGCAACGACGACGACGACGACGACGAUGCCGGACGAGGCGACCAUGGGCCCGCUGCUGAGCGCGUUUGCGCAGCUGCUCGCGCGGCUGCCGGUGCUGGAGACGGCGAAUCUUCUGGCGCGGUGCGGCGGUGGCGCAGAGGAGGAGGAGGAGGAGGAGGAGGAGGAGGAGGAGGAGGAGGAGGAGGAGGCGGUGUCGUGGGCGGUGUGCUACUGUGCGCCGGGCAGGACGAGCGCGUGGGUGGGCAGUAGUGGGAUGGAUAUGGAGAGGCCCCGGGUCUGGUUCGUAACCGGGCGAUGGAGACCUGGCGACGGUCUUGUGCGGGCGUUUCGCAGAGCGGGUGAGGGAGCGGGACAUGGGGAUAGGGCUUCCGUGAUAUAUCGGUCUGCUGGAGAUGCCUCGGUCUGUAUAUAG